AUGUCUGCAUUCCUUGCCCUCGCCCCACACAAAGCCGGCCAUCUAUCCAUCAUCAUCCAUAAAAGCCCUGAUACGGUACAACAACGUGCUAAGGGUUCGAAAGCAGGAAGGAUGGAGCACCAGAGCAAUACGCGUAGCCUGGGCACAUUCGAGCGCGUCCAUCUUGUCAAGGACCGUGAUGCAGUUCACGGUCCGCAGUACGCGAGUGGACGGCUUUCGUUAAUCAUCAGCUUGGGUGCACGCUGA